AUGCUCUCGUCGUGCAAAAACGGAGUAGGCGCGGGGCCCAGCGGAAUGACUUUUGAGCACGUCAGGGACGCAGCUCUACGUCACCCUGACGUCGCCGCACACCUGCUCGCCCUCGUCAACACGGCCCUCGCCGGUAACCUCACCAAGGAAGCCGCGCAGCUGCUCACCACAUCGAAGCUGCUGGCCUUCACCAAGCCUGAGGGCGGAACGAGGCCGAUCGCGGUGGGCGAAGUCAUCCAUCGCGUCAUAGCCAAGGCUGCCCUGCUGAUCGCCGCGCCCUUCGCCCGCCACCACUUCACCCCUUUCCAGUUCGGGGUUGCCACCCCAGGCGGAGCUGAGGCUAUAAUCCACGCAACGCGCACCUACCUCGAGGAAAACGGCUCCCACCUCGCCCUCCAACUCGAUAUCUCCAACACGUUCAACGCUGUAGAAAGGGGUGCGGUCCCAGUGGGGCCACACGCGGACUGCGCCAACCUCCUCCGCGUCAGAAUGGCUGAGGCUGUGGCGCCAGAUUCGCUCCUCGCCAAGCUGGAGCCACAGCUCUGCCUACUCCUUCUUACCAAAUGCAUCAGCCGCCGCGUCUCCUAUCUCCUCCGAACAACGCCGCCUGACUCCCUCCCCUUUGCCGAUUGGGGGUCUUGGGGCGAGGGGAACUUCCAAACAUUCCUCACCUCGGCCGCCAUCCCCCUACCACGACAACGAGACGAGCAGCUGCGGACGUGGCGCCAGGCCUCCCUCCCCCCGACCCUUGGAGGACUAGGCAUCGCAGACCCAGCCGCGGAGCGCUUCUCGAGCUGCCUCGCCUCAACAGCAGCAGCCGCCCAUCUCCUCUCCGCGACCUCGACACCUUCGCACCCUCAAGUAGCGCUGCUACUGCCUCUCUUCUCCGCGGACAACACGAGCGGAUCUCCUCUGCCGCAACAGCUGGCGGCAGCAGAACUGACCCUGCCCACUGAAGCAAGCGGGUGGAAUGGGGAAGGGCGGAACGUUGGAGGGCGGAACGGGUGGAGCAGGUGGAGGGGGGAGGGCGGAACGGUGGAGCAGGUGGAGGGGGAGGGCGGAACGGUGGAGCAGGUGGAGAGGGGAGGGCGGAACGGGUGGACGGAGAGGGGAGGAGCGGAUGGCCUCAGAGCUGCCGACCAGCCGCGCCAGAAGGAGGGGGAAGCGCGGGGGGGUGGGGGAAUAGAGGCAGAGCGGAUUAACAGCUGCCCUCGCUACCCGCAAUCUGCCCCCUUCAACGUGCCUGAGAGGUUUCACUGCUAUAAGACCCCACCCCCCCUCCUCAACCCCCCUCCAUCCUUCCUCUCUUCCACUCCUCCACACCCCUCUCAACGCCCACAGCUUCAGCGCCUGCUUUGUCUCAUAAGAGAUCUCACCCCCUCCGCCAUUUCUCCCUCCUCCGCCCACUCGCCCUCCUUCCAGAGGUGUCGGCAUUGCCGCACACGCUGCAAGGUGUCAUCACUCCCCCACGAGCUGCAGCGCAUGCUCUCACUCAUGAGGGAGCUGGACGGCCGAUGCCAAGCGCUGCGCAGCGAGAUUCAGAGCGACAUUCGGGUGGGGCUCACGGCCAUAGAGGAGAGGGAGGCCGCUGCCGUCAGAGCGGCUGCUGCCGGCCCACAUGGGCACGGGGAUGGGGAUGGCGACGGGUAUGGGGGUCUUGAUGGGGAUGGGGAUGGGGAGGGGGAGGGGGAGGGGGAUGAGGACGAUGGUGCUAGCGACAGAGAUGCUGACGAUGAUGGCAAUGUCGACGAAUACAGUGAGGGAGUUGAUGUGCCAAAUGGUGGUGCGGCUGAGGGUGGUGAUGGUGGUGAUGGUCCUACUGAUAGCGCCGCUGCAGAUGGGUCCACUCAGGGCAAUGCACGCAGUGACAGUGCUGGUCAUGCAGCUCAGGUGGGAAAUUCCUCUUCUCUUGCACAAGGGGGCAUGCCUUUGCUUGCUCCAGGCGGCACACCAGCAGUGAAGGCUGAUAAGGAGGUGGAGGAGGAGGUGGAGGAGGGAGGGGGGAGGAAGAGCAUCGGAAAGAAACGGCCACGAGCACAGCAGCAGCAGCAGCAGCAGCAGGAGCAGCAGCAGCAGCAGCAGCAGCAGCAGCAGCAGCAGGAGCAGCAGCAGCAGCAGGAGCAGCAGCAGCAGCAGCAGCAGCAGCAGCAGCAGCAGCAGCAGCAGCAGCAGCAGCAGCAGCAGCAGCAGCAGCAGCAGCAGCAGCAGCAGCAGCAGCAGCAGCAGCAGCAGCAGCAGCAGCAGGAGGAGGAGGAGGUGGGGCAGCAGGUGAAGGAAACCAAAGACGAUGUUGUGGUGGUAAAGACAGAAGUUGCCAGUGUGACCGGUGUGACUGCUGCUUCCACAGAGAAGGUGGCAGAGGGGUUGGAGGAAGAGGGGACGGAGAGGGAUGGACAGAAUGAUGUCAGCGAUGACGUCAGGGACGAGAGGGCCGCUGCUUUGCAGAGGCUGAGGGAGGAGAUUUCCGAGAAGCAAGGGAGGAUGCGGGCAUUGUGUGACGAGAAGGUCAUUCUGGCGCAGCAAGUGAGCGCGCUGGUGAGUGUGUGGGGCAGGAAUAGCUGCAGCACUUGUGUUACCCUCGGGGCUCUCCCUCCUCUAGCCCUCCAUCCUCUCGUCUCCCCUUCCUCGCCAGCUGGAGAGUCACCUGCGCAGUCUCAACCAGGAGCUGCAGCACUUGCCUUACCCUCUGUUUUCCCCUGUCUAUCCAUUCGGCCCUUCAUUCCUCCUUUCCUCCCCUUGCCCCCUGCACCCCAGCUGGAGAGUCACCUGCGCAGUCUCAACCAGGAGCUGCAGCACUUCUCAGAGGACCUCAAGCAAGGUGAGCGGAGUGAGCAAGGUGAGCGGAGUGAGCAAGGUGAGCGGAGUGAGCAAGGUGAGCGGAGUGAGCAAGGUGAGCGGAGUGAGCAAGGUGAGCGGAGUGAGCAAGGUGAGCGGAGUGAGCAAGGUGAGCGGAGUGAGCAAGGUGAGCGGAGUGAGCAAGGUGAGCGGAGUGAGCAAGGUGAGCGGAGUGAGCAAGGUGAGCGGAGUGAGCAAGGUGAGCGGAGUGAGCAAGCUGCCUCCCCAGCAGCUGGGGGGGGAGGGGCGCGGGGUUGGGGGGAACCAAAGGGGGAAGGGCGGGGGUUGAGUGCGGUGGCGGUACUGGCAUCUGGCAGUGGUGGGGAAGGGGGAGGAGGUGGGGGAGGGGGGGUGGGGGACGUAAAGGGGGAGGCGUGGCAAGGGAACCAGGAGAGGGAGAGUGAGAGAGGGGCAGGGAGGGAAGCAGGGAGGGAGGCAGGGAGGGAGGCAGGGAGGGAGAGGGAGUGGGAGAGGGGAGGAAGGGGUGCUGCCCUCAUGCCGCCCCCUGCUGCCCUCCCACUCUCACGGAAGAAGGGAGGGGUGGGCAGGGGCGUGCCGGUGGGGGCAGGUGGCGAGAGGAGGGAGGUGCCCGACGGAGGGGCGAUAGAGCAGGUGUAUGAGCCAACGUCAGUGCAGGGCAGGCGUGGAUGUGAGGGAGGCGAGUGGUUCCACUACGAGUGUGUGGGGCUCAGCAUGGCCAUGCCAAGCAUCCACGACAAGUGGUUCUGCCCUCACUGCACCUCCCUGCACAAGAAAGGCGUGCUGCACUUGCCAUCUUAG